CGCACGGCACGAGUGCCAAAGAUGUUUCCACGAUCGUCUCACCACUGCUAUGCCUCUUGGAUGAUAACGACUUCCGCGGGGGACUCGCGAGGCAUGGAUGAACCCGAUUCGUCCAUCUCGAACGACUUCUGUACAGUGCUGGAUGACGGUAGCGCCCUCCCGGGAAUUCUCGACGCCCCCGGCGUCGCCACGCAGCUGCAGAGCGACGGCGCCACCGUCGACAACAACAUCCCGCUUCUGUCGAACGUCGUCGAACUCAACCCCGUCUCGCUGACCGUCAUGGGCGGCGAGACGGAGGCGGCGGCGGCGCCCCCUGGCGAUGGCAACCUGCUGUCGGGCGUGAACUUUAACCCGGACAUCGCGACGGCGAACGGCGUCCUCGUCGACACGAGCAGCGGACUCCUGUGCGUUCCCGUCGGCGACGGCACCUACCGCGUGUACAGCGCCGGCGACAACCUCGCCGACCUCCAGGUGGCGCUAGGGACGCAGCUGCCCGACGCCGCGCCCGACGCCGCGGCGACGGGCGAGUACCUACAGGACGUCGCCGCGGACGGUGGCGCCACGGUCGCGCCGCCGCCGCGGAAGAAGCGGAAGAGCGGUUGGCCGAAAGGGAAGCGGCGGUCGAAGCUGCCGGUGGCGCCGCCUGACGACUCACCGCGGCCGCCCGUCACCGGCUACCUCCUCUACUUGCGGAAACGGCGCGCCGAGCUGCGGUCGUCGAACGGCGGCGCCCUCUCCCCGGCGGAGAUCACGCGGCACAUCGGCAACGAGUGGACGCAUCUCGGCGCGUCGCAGAAGAAGGAGUAUCUCGACGAGGCCGAGCGCAGCAAGACGCGAUACGUCGCCGAGAUGCAAGCGUACCGCGCGACGGACCAGCCCGCCGACGGCUCGCAGCUUCACUGCGGCGUCUGCGACCAGUACUUCGUCACGCUGCACAACAAGCGCGAGCAUCUCCUCGGCAAGCAGCAUCUCCGCGCGAUGCGCCGAGGCCUCGACGCGCCCGCCGCGCCCGCCGCCACGCCCGUCCCCGCCGCGCCGCCGCAGCAACCCCCCGUCGACAUGCAGGAGUACACGCUGAGCGUCCUCGCGGAGAAUCUCGCGCGCGAACGCGAACUUCGACGGCUGCGUGCGGCCGCCGUCGACCUGGAGCGUGACGGCGGCGUCCUCUAUAAUCAGGUGUACGAACUAAAGGAGCUGCAGGUGAGAGCUGAGCGGGAGCUGGUGACGUUGAAGGCGUGGGAAACAAAGCAGCAGAAUCACAUCGACCGGCUAACGAUGGUGCCUCACCUGUUCGGCAUGAUUAACUUCUGA